AUGGUUCUUGAAUGUUUCAGCAAGGAUGGAAAAACUGAUGAUUUUAUACAUGCAUUUAAAACUGUGAAAUUCGACCUGCGCGAACUGGAAGAGGCGACCGAGUACGACGGAGGCUACAGCCAGGACUCAGCAGUAGUCGCCACUUCUGAGAUUGUGCAUGAGCUACCGCUGGAGUCGCAACGCAACUGCUGCAGUUCGCGACGGGCAGCGACCGGGUGCCGGUCGGCGGGCUCAGCAAGCUCAAGCUCAUCAUUGCCAAGAACGGGCCCGACUCUGACAGGUUACCAACAGCCCACACCUGUUUCAACGUAUUGCUUUUACCAGAGUAUGAAAGCAAGAACAAACUCUACGACCGAUUACUAAAAGCCAUCAACUAUUCGAAAGGAUUCGGCAUGCUAUGAAAACUGUGCUGAAGGACUAAUGUAAAAUAAUUUUAAACGUGCUGAGUUUCGAUGUGAUGUGAUUAGAAAUGAUAUUGUGACAAAAGUACUCUCCGUUUAUUGAAAUGAAUUGUGAAAUUGUGUAACCACCCAUU